AUGGAUAAUCUUAUCUCGAUCGAUCAGUCUGUAGCUCCUACUAAAUAUUGUAGGAACAAGGAACGAUUAAUAACGUCCGAAGAAAACGACGAGUAUUUACUUAUUGGCGCUGAGGUCGACACGAUCGUUGUGAUGGAAUGUCGGUUUUGUAACGAGAAAAAGGAGGGAGAAACGAAAAUUUGGUAUUACCAAGAUCGCUACAGAGAGAAUGUUGAGAAAGAGAUUGAAUUAGGAAUGGAUAACAACAUCUCGUAUAAUAGAAUUUACACUACCCCGGAUCUUUCUUUAGUAGUAAAAGAUUUUGCGGUGACAGACGCUGGCAUUUAUUUGUGUCAUGGCGCGGAAGGGCAAGAGGCUGAAAAUAAAUUCAACUAUAGAAUCGAGCCAGUUUUCAAAGAACACGGAGUCCUCUAUACGGAACAAGGGAAUCUAACUGAAUGGGAGAAAUAUCGCGAAGUAUAUUUGGCAUCGGUUACCACACGAUUUGCCGUUUCACAAAUGUCUGAGUUAGCUGAAAUUCGAGAGGUUGGAAUAACGCUACAGGUGAUUUCUGAAUGGGCGCCUUGGAGCCUGUGCGAACAUUGUGUACGUAAUCGAGGUUAUAAGACGAGUUUAGGAAAUUGUCGAUUAAAACGGCACGUAAAUAUGACGAUUGCCAACAAGAGUGACUCAUCUAUAGUUAAAUUUUUUCGAAAAUCUCCAUCACUACCCUGCAAAUCAAUUUUACUCGAAGAAGAAUUUCCUGCUAUCAGUACAGCAGUGCGUCAUUUGCCGGAGUAUAUCUUGAAGGAACCAUGCAAAAAAUGUCCUCGCGUGAAGAAGAAAAAGAGUGGAAAGUUUAAAUACGUUAAACGAUUUGUACUUGCAGAGGGCGCUUAUCUUACCGUCAUUUGUCCAGAGUCAACCAAGGAUACGCAAGUGUCGUGGAAGAAGGAUUCGAUUACAUUGGAAAAGGGAGUCCGUCGAUCUUUUCGCAAAUUGGAUCCAGAGGCUCGCGUGAUAGUGGACGCGUUUGGAUUGCUUUAUCUAAUAGUGUUUCCCAUUCUUCACUGUAUACACGUAUCAGAUGUUUCGGCUCACGAGGAAGGGAACUACACGUGCUACAUCGAUAAUAUAGGCAUGAUGCAAUUAAAAGUUAUCGUUAUUCUUAAAGCUAGACUACUCACGCAAGGACUUCUCCGGAGAUGUGUGAAUUGUAGAUCAAGGGGAGAUUUAGGAUCGUGCAAGGAUCCUUUCACUAUGAACUCGACGGCUAUUGAAAUGGAAAAAGGUGUCGACGCUGUUCCAUGCGCGUCUGGUUGGUGCGGCAAAAUAAUUGAACGGCACGGUUUGAACAAUGAAUAUGGUACCGCCACUCAAAGGCUUUGUUUUCAACGUGGACCCGACGACGGUGAAGAAAGAUGCGCGUAUACCGUGUGGAAUUAUAAAAAGGUUUACAUGUGCCUUUGUUUGGGAGAUUUAUGCAACGGAUCAACCAGACCGGCAAUCUCCAACGGAUUGAUCUUUACAAUGUUUUGCGUUUUACUUCGGUGGUUUGUUUGA